GCACAGGAGCCAGUAGGAAUACGUGGCACCCACACUCAAUGCAGAUAUGUGUGUAAGAGGCAGCUCAGCCUCCCUCCUUGCACUGUGCCAAUGUUGAACUGCUUGUCAGAUUGCAGAAUUAAGGUGAAGAUGUGAAUGAGAGGUAAGCCUUGCAGAAGAACUUAAAGAAAGCCUGUAAAACAGCACAGAAUUACACUUCUUUAGUUGAGUAGCUUAGCAGUCUGUGGGGUAAGGGCUUUGAGGGCCAGGGGUUUAGUGCAUUUCUUAGCAAUAUUUUAUAGUCUUCUGUGGACUUAACUAAUUUUUUUUAAAACUUAUUGGUACUUCUAGUUACCCAUAUCAUCUCUGGAGCUAUGAAUCUAAUUGUGCAAUAUGAAAAAAAGUAAUUUUUUUUUAAAUAAGAAUUCAUGUCUCUCAUGUUGCCACCUGUCUCUUUUCCAAGGUGAACAAUUCUCAUCUAUUUAGCUUGUCCACCAAAAGAUGCCAUUCCCAGCAGUGGCUGUCUAGUCAUCGUUUUCUGUAUUAUUUUUGAUUCUAUAAUUCUUUUUAAGAUCAGGGACUACUACAGUAUCCAUUAUUCAAGAAGCAAUGAAUGCUUCCUGUUACAUUUUGGACUGAGUUGUGUGUUGACAUGAUUUUUCAGAGAACAUCUUGCAGUGACUGUAACUCCAGAGACAGGACUGAUGGUACUUGCUCCCUGACACACUGAAAUAACUUCACUCAGCUGCAGAAUGCCUCAACUCCUGGGCAACAGCAGUUCAGAGGAACAGGCUGCUGUAUACUAUGCAUCGGCAUCAAUUGUCUCGAUUGCUAUCUUCAUCAUCGUUUUCAUCACAGGUAUCCCAGGCAAUGGAUUGGUAAUCUGGGUAGCUGGUCUGAAAAUGAAAAGGUCUGUGAACACUGUGUGGUUCCUAAACCUUGCUGUGGCUGAUAUCAUGUGCUGCUUGUCCUUGCCAUUUUUCAUCGUUCACCUGGCCCUCCAUGAACGCUGGCCAUAUGGUUGGUUCCUCUGCAAAGUCAUUCCGUCAGUCAUAAUCUUCACCAUGUUUGCUAGUGUCUUCCUACUCGUGGCCAUCAGCAUCGACCGGUGCCUCCUCGUCAUGAAACCUGUCUGGUGUCAAAACCAUCGAACAGUGAAAUUUAUAUCGCUAAUAUGCAGUGGCAUUUGGAUCCUGGCCUUCAUUUUCUGCUGUCCUGUCUUCUACUACCGUGAGACAAGCAUUUAUGAUGGCAAAACUGAGUGUGGGUACAGUUUUGGAGAUGAUCAGGUGCUAGAUUAUAUAAAUGAGUCUGUAAAUGCAUCAUGGGAAGAAUACUCACCUUUAUCCUACCACAGUAAUGACUUGUUGGGAAAUACCUAUGAAGGUGAUUAUUCUGUACCCCUUGCCUUAGUGGUAAUAAACAUCACUAGGGCUGUCUUUGGCUUUGUGCUCCCCUUUGGCAUAAUGGCAGUUUGCUACGUCCUUAUCGUUUUCAGGACACAGGCAAAUCAGUUCAGCAAACCACGCAACAGGAUGCUGCGAACAGUUGUGCUCGUGGUAGCUGCGUUCUUCAUCUGCUGGGCUCCAUACCACGUAGUUGGGAUUCUCUCCCUCAUACCUAGAACAGGACUGACAGAGUCACUGAUCCUAUGGGAUCACCUCUCUACAGCACUUGCCUAUGCGAACAGCUGCAUCAACCCCCUGCUCUACGUUUUUGUGGGACGGGACUUCAGGGCAAAGGUACGUCAAUCAGUGCAAGGAAUCUUGGAAGGUGCCUUUAGUGAUGAACCCACAGAACUUCACAGAAGCCAGACUUCAGCAGAGAAGAACAUUAGCAGCACAGUGUAAUGCUCUCACCACUGCAGAAAGACCAAGCUAUGGCCCUGCACAUCAAUCACUGCUUAACAGCUGGUUUUGCUCCAACACAUUUCAUUAGCCUGCAGCUCCACACCCAGGACACUGUAUGGUUCAGAUCAUGACAAGUAACCCCUUUACAUCCUACUCUAGAGAUGGGAAGUUGGAAGUACCAAGAGCGAGGGAGGACUCUGGUGAAGUAGAGGAGAGUAUUUUAACCCUUAGAGAAGAAAGCAGGGCUGCAGAAUGUGGUGGGAUCAUGUAGCUGAACCUCUGAAUUGAGAUGAGAAUGUUAUUUCCAUAUGUCUAUGUUCUACAUCUCCUGUCUCUGAUAAACUGCAGAUAAAAC